GCAGGAGAGAGAAAGGAGAGACAGAGUGAGGAAGGGGAAUGAAGAAAGAAACGGAGGAGGGAAAGGGGAGUAAGAAAAGACAGCAGACAGAGACAGAGAAUGAGAGAAAUCGUGGGAGACCUGAGAGUGAAGGAUAAGGGAGGGGGGAUGCAAAGGCAGAUUUUUAUUGGAAGCAAUUGAAGUGGUUGCUAUGAGACCCGCUCCAGCAGAGGACCAGCAGCCAGCCCGACGCUGAUGGUUCUUACCUCGCACUAAACCUUUCUUUUGACACAGUUUUAGAGUUGCUUAAUAUCUGAGCAAGCACCUGACACGGGCGACUUUUUCUUUCUUUUUUCUCCUCCCGUCUCUCGGGUAAGAUGGAGGUAGAAAACGAAGCCAGCUGCUCCCCCAGCCGCGCAUCAGGCGGGUCCAGAGAGUACAAGGUGGUAAUGCUGGGAGCUGGGGGAGUUGGGAAAAGCGCAAUGACAAUGCAGUUUAUUAGUCACCAGUUUCCUGAUUAUCAUGACCCCACUAUUGACUUGUCACACUCCACCUCCUUUUGGGGUUUCAACCACACCUACUUAUUUUAAAUUAACAAACUUCCCAAGCCGCUUUCUACCUUGGAACACUUAUGCAUAUAUUUUAACCAUGAAUUCUGUUUACCUCACCACUCUCCAUCUCUGCCUGGAAGAUGCUUAUAAGACCCAGGUUAGGAUUGAUGAUGAGCCAGCUUAUUUGGACAUUUUGGACACUGCUGGUCAGGCAGAGUUCACAGCCAUGCGGGAGCAGUACAUGCGAGGUGGGGAGGGAUUCAUCAUCUGCUACUCCAUCACUGACCGCCAAUCAUUCCAGGAAGCUGCCAAGUUUAAAGAGCUCAUUUUUCAAGUCCGCCACACCUAUGAAAUUCCCCUGGUGCUGGUGGGUAACAAAAUUGACCUAGAACAGUUCCGCCAGGUCUCUACAGAAGAGGGCUGGAGUCUGGCCAGGGAAUAUAACUGUGCUUUUUUUGAGACCUCUGCGGCCCUCAGAUUCUGCAUUGAUGAUGCCUUUCACGGUCUAGUGAGGGAAAUCCGCAAGAAGGAGUCCAUGCCAUCCUUGAUGGAAAAGAAACUGAAGAGAAAAGACAGCCUGUGGAAGAAGUUAAAAAGCUCACUGAAGAAGAAGAAAGAAAACAUGACAUGAUAUCCUUGCUUCUAACUCCCUUAUUCUCUCUCUGAAUUUUAUCGGUCGGACAAUUCCAGAUGUUGCAUUCUGCUUCAGUAUUUUCUGUUUGUCUCUCCCUUUCUCUUUAAAUAUCUGCCUAUAGGUAAAAGCAAGAUCUGCAUAACUGUACCUCUUGAGAUAGUUUUGUUUUGCCCUUAACAGUUGGAUGGAUUUUGUCAAUCAGCUGGAUAUGCUGUUUAAGUUUUUACAAUAUAUUACUAAAUAAAAUUGACAUUCCAAUUGCCUCAUUUCCCUUUAAA